AGUAAGGCGAAAACGGAAAACCUGACCUUGUCUCGUCUGCGUCAAUACACGCUAGAUGCAGCUCAAAAACAAAAUUAAGAAGAAAUAAAAUAAGAGAGAGGAGAGAGAGUAAAGUAGUUGGUAGGAUCAUCUCUUGCAGUUCCCAUUGAAGUUGAGAUUGGAAAAUUCCGUUGCCCAAUUCCUCAAUUCCCAAUCUGUUUCUGGAUCAUUCGAAAUGAUCCGAUUCAUUCUGUUGCAGAACCGGCAGGGCAAGACCCGUCUCGCCAAAUACUAUGUUCCUCUCGAGGAUUCCGAGAAGCACAAGGUGGAAUACGAGGUUCAUCGCCUCGUCGUUAACAGAGACCCUAAAUACACGAAUUUCGUUGAGUUUCGUACGCACAAGAUCAUUUACAGGCGAUAUGCUGGGUUGUUUUUCUCACUCUGUGUUGACAUCACUGAUAAUGAGUUGGCGUAUUUAGAGUGCAUCCAUUUGUUUGUGGAAAUUUUGGAUCACUUCUUCAGCAAUGUGUGUGAACUCGAUUUGGUUUUUAACUUCCACAAGGUCUAUCUUAUACUUGAUGAAUUCAUUCUAGCGGGUGAACUGCAAGAAACAAGCAAGAAGGCUAUCAUUGAGAGAAUGGGGGAACUGGAAAAACUAGAGUGAAACAGUCGUUUCGGCAGUCAUAGUGGUUUGGAGAUUCUGAUGAUUUCUCAUGCACUUGGCAUAAUUCUUGUAUUUCAAUUGUGAUACAGAAUUUUGAAAAUCUUUCACCUUGAGCCAUGUAUUCUGUACCUUUUACCUAGGCUUCUUACUCAGCUUGUGUUUAUAUAUUGAAGACAAUUUAUAAAAUCAUCGUUUCUAAUAGUC